AUGCCUGGAAAUGGAAAGCCUGCUCUCCAAAAUUCUACUCAGCCGGUCUCGAAGAUUAAAAAAAUCUGUAAAACUAGCCUUACUAAUAUUAAAGGGCCGAUCAAGCGGAAAAAAGUCGCUUGCGAACAAGCUGCCUUUCCUAGUCCUCGAAUGACCCCGAACUCUGUGACAAAAGUUUCGCGUUCUCCUCUACAUACAGAUUCCCACGUGGCAACCAGAACUCCAAAAAAUGAAAUAACUCCUGUUGUAUCAAUUAACCAAACGAAAAACCAUUCUAUAUGUCCUUUAUCUGAAUUAAAGCCUAUUUGCAGCGUAUCCAAUUGUAUAUUACGGACUGAAGGAUGCAAUUCUAAUAUCUCAGAGCCCUCUCAAUAUCGUCCAUAUCCAAAAGGUGACACUCGAUUUGGUGUUUGUGUGAAAAUAACGAACUUCGGUGCGACGGCAGAGCAGGGAGUGCGCCGUACGAUGGAGGACCAGCACGUGAUGCUAGGGGAUGGGAUCCCUUUCUUUGCCAUUUACGACGGACACGGCGGGGCGCAAUGUGCCGAGUACUUGCGCGAUCAUCUCCACAAGCUCAUCUUAGGCCAUCCUGAGAUUAUGUCCAGUCCCGAGAAGGCGAUCUCAGACAGCAUUAUAAAGAUGGAUGCUGAUUUUUUGGAGCGCCCAGAGGAGGACGGAAACGAAUCCGGCAGUGUGUGUGUAGUAGUCAUAGUUAUAGAUGAUACGCUUGUGAUUGGCAACGUUGGCGACUGCGAGGCAGUGCUCUGCCGUGGUGGUUCCCCAAUCGUGCCGACCGUCAAACAUACCUUACAAAGUAAUACCAAGGAGUUGGAACGGGUGCACGAUGCAGGGGGAAAAAUAUUUCACAAUCGUGUUGGUCAUCCUAGGUUCAACCCAAGUGUCAUUAGCUUAGGUGUUACGCGUGCUAUUGGUGACGCAGGGUUUAAGCUAGCUGAGUACACGGACGGAAAGCCCUCCGGCAUUAUUUCUCAACCAGACACAACCUCUAUUAAGUUGACUAGUGGGGAUGAAUUUUUGGUUGUUGGCAGCGACGGCCUUUGGGAUGUGAUGUCGUAUGAAGAGGUUAUCGAUUUUUGUUCCCGGCGAUUGAAAUCUGGAGAGACCGCGCAGAGUAUCACUGAUGAGUUGACGCAGGCGGCUCUCAAUAAAGGUGCUACUGAUAACGUCACGACGAUGUUGAUUUGUCUUGAGUGUUAUGCGAAGGACCCUCAGGGUGGUGAGUUUAUUUAUGAAGGCACAGUCUAG